UUGGCAAUGAUGCGGAGUACAUUUCGACCAUCACAAGUGGAAUAAUACAAGUGAACAAAAUGAAAGUUACUCUGCUAGCUGUGGUGACACUCACUGCAGUGGCUGCCCUCGUUGGAGCCGCCGAUCCUGAGUGUAUAUAUCGGAAAAUUCGAGGACUCUCGAAGCAUUGGCCGAAACCCCAGAGUUGCUCCAGCUACUACCGCUGCUCCUCGAAGAACACCGUCCGCACAGUGACGUGUCCGCUGGGCAAGGAGUACAAUCCCAAGACCGGCAAGUGCUCCAAUGCAGGACGCGGUCUGUGCAUGCUCAGCCUGGUAGCUCCGCUUUCUGAGACCACCAAUCUGUGCACCAACGAGGUGAACGGUGCUUACCUGGCCAAUAGUGGUUCCUGUGCUGAGUUCUACAUCUGCGAUGAGCAGUUGGCCUAUCCGCAGAACUGCGAUUCCGGCAGUUACUUCAACGAGACACUGAGUGCCUGCAUUCCGGAUCCGAAUGCCACUUGCUGGCAGAACCUGUGCGUCGAUAAGGUGAACGGAAUCUCCCUGCCAAACGAGGACAACUGCGGCAGCUACUAUGAGUGCUCGGAUGCGAAGACCACCCUGCAGACUUGUGCCUUGGGCAGCUUCUUCAACUCUUCGGUUGGUGCUUGCACCGUCGAUACUGGAAACUCGCAGUGCUGGGUCAACUUCUGCAUUGGAAAGGCUGAUGGAUCGGCUGUGGCCGAAAAGUCCAGCUGCUCCGUGUAUUACGUGUGCUCCGACAACACGGCCACCGUCCAGGAGUGUCCCGAAGGCAGCCACUUCGUUGACAAUGACUGGGGCUGCGUGCCCGGCCCUUGUCCCACGGAGGCUCCUUGCGAUGAUACGACGACCACAACCACCGAGCCCUGUGAUGAUUUGACGACCACAACCACCGAGCCCUGCGAUGAGGUAACCACCAUAACCACCGAACCCUGCGAUGAGGUCACCACAGAACCGCCGACGUCCUGCGACUGUGGCGACGUCAAAAAUACCGAAUUCACUCCCUAUCCGAACAACUGUCGCAAGUACUACAUCUGCAUCAAUGGCACCCUGGUGGCCGGAGACUGCGGCAAGGGCAACAUGUUCAAUGCCACCCAUGGCGUUUGUGUGGUGGACGAGGGGAACGAGUGCUGUGUGGUGGAUUGCUCGGACGGAGAUGUGAGCCUGGAUGCCCAGGACUGCACGAAGUACUUCAAGUGCGUCAAUGGCGCCUGGACUUCAACGCCCUGUGCAGCUGGUAGCUACUUCAACUCGGUUCUGGAAGAAUGCCAAGUAGAUGAGAAUAAUGUGUGCAUUUCAAGAAAAAUCACCUCCAUCACUACUGACCAGUGCAGUGAACGAGAUCCGCCAGCCCGCGGCAAGAACUGCUGGAGCUACCAGGUCUGCAUCGAUGGGCAGUGGCAGGACGAGACCUGUACCAACGACUACUACUUCGACGCCACCGUGGGCAUCUGCCGGGCGGACUCGGACAACGUUUGCCCCGAAAACAGGUCGAGUGGAUCGCGCCAGAAACGAAGUGCGGAGGACUGCACCUGCGAGGGCGGCAUCGAGCAGGGCAGCAUCGUGAGUCAUCCCACCGAUUGCGACAAGUACCUGAUCUGCGAGAAUGGCCAGCUGGUGGAGGGCCUCUGCGGCAUGGGCAAUGUGUUCAAGAACUGCAGCGGCGUCUGUGCCCCGGACACCAAGGCCACCUGCUGGGUGUGCUCCAACAAGCCGAAUGGCUACCAAAUGCCCAAUCCGACCGACUGCACCAGCUACCUGACCUGCUGGAACGGCCUGGCCACGGAGCACAAAUGUGGGGCGAGCGAGUGGUACAAUGGCUAUGGAGAGUGCGCCGUCGAUGUGAACGCCAAGUGCAUCAAUCCCUGCACCUGCGGCAACGGCAACGUGGCCCACCCCAUCUGCACCAAGUACUUCAAGUGCACGGACGGAGUGGCCCAAGUGGUCCAGUGCAACGCCGGCGAGGCCUUCGACUCCGCCACUGGUCUCUGCUCCGCCACCGUGGAGUGCUCGGCCAAGAACUGCGCCACCGCCACUGAUGGCACCACCUAUCCCGUGGCCGGAGACACCAGCAAGUUCUACAACUGCCUCAACCAGGUGGCGACCAUUGAAUCCUGUCCGGCCAACUCUGGAUACUCAACAGUCCUGGGCAUAUGCCAGUCCCAGCCCAGUUCCGAUUGCAACCAGAACGUGUGCAAGACUGCCGCUGAGUACUCGACUUACCCUUCUCUGAAUAACGACACCUCGACCUUUUGCAUCUGCCAAGAUGGUGGCGGUUAUAUCAACUCCUGCCCCACGGGUUUGUUCUACGACGAAACUGAAGAGAGCUGCACUUUCACAGGAAACUGCGAUCCUCAGGUCUGCAACGGGCAACCGGAGUACUUUGUGUCCCAGGAUUACGAGGACCCGAAUAGUUUCUGCCUGUGCCGCGCCAACGAUCCCGUCUCAGUGCCCUGCCCCAUUGGCUACACCUUUGACAGCGAGGAGCUCGAGUGCGCCCUCAUUCCCCAGGCUGAUCCACGUUGCUGCGCCAAUGGCUGUGUGGGAAAGUCGGACUUCGAUACUCUUCCGGCCGUGGCUACUACCGAUGGCUUCUGCGUCUGCGUGGAUGAGGUUCCCCAGUACACCAGCUGUCCAGGCGACUCCCAAUAUGACUCUAAUCUGGCUAGUUGCGUUAGCACUGGGAGCGAAACCACUUGUCCGGCAAAUGGCUGUGAUGCCAGCAUUUGCGAGACCAUGCCCGACUACGAUAUGUUCCCCAUGGAGGGCGAUUCAUCCAGCUUUUGCUACUGCCUCAACUACUGCCCAAUCUCCUUCGCCUGUCCCGAUGACCUGGUCUUCGACUCAAAAGUUGGAAUUUGCUCCGAGCCAGUGGAUCCCUGUGCUGUCUCUAAGUGCAAUGCCGAACAAUGUGAUAUCCUGGCAGAGUACACACCUUACCUGCCCAACGAUGGACAGGAUGGCUUCUGCUACUGCGAGGGUGGUCUGCCCAACUACUUCCCCUGUCCCGAGGGACAGGAAUUCUCUACGGCCCUGGCAAUUUGCAAAACGCCUGUGGAUGGCUGUGUGACCAGCGAAUGCGAUGCCAGCAAGUGCGCCACCUUGAGCGAUUACGUGCCCUUCCCAACGAACUCGGCCAGUGAGAAUAGCAACUCCUAUUGCUACUGCUAUAACGGUGAGGUCUUCCUGGAACAGUGCAGCCCCGAUAUGGUGUACCUUCCUGAAUACGAGCGGUGCGGAGUGGUGGCGGCAUCCGAGUGCGUUUGCAAACCGGGUCAAUGCGGCACCUCCGACGACUAUUACUCCUAUAGUGCUCUCAACACGACUGAGGGCUUCUGCCUGUGCGUGGCCGGAACUCCGGUCUUCAAGGAUUGUGCGGCGGGUGAGGAAUACGACGCCGUUGUAGGUGCCUGUCUGUCGGGGGCCUCCAAGAUCACAGCCUCCAGCAUCUGCGACCACACCCGAUGCAACAACCGUGCCCUUCUGUCCGCCACUUUUGCCGCCUCCAAUACGACCAGGGGCUACUGCACCUGCCAGGAAGUGGGCUUGUCCACCUUCGUGGGCUGUACGGACGAGCACGUUUACGAGGAUAACGUGGGAUCCUGUGUGAUCGCGGCCUGCGACUACACCAACUGCUUGAAGCGAGCUCCGUUCGAGGCUUUUGAGGCGAUGAACACCACCGAAGGAUUCUGCUCCUGCGACGGCGUGGCCUCCUUCCACCAUUGCGAGAAGGGAUUCACGUUUGACAAGGACCAGGGACUGUGUCAGCUGAAGGACGCCAUGUCGAUGAUCUCCUGCAACCUGAUGGAGUGCGUCCGGCGAGGCCAGUUCGAGCCCUUUGCCGCCCAAAACACCAAGUCCGGCUUCUGUUCCUGCGAUGACCAGGAAAAGAUCAGUGUCACCUACCAUCCCUGCGCCCAGGGGCAGGAAUUCGUCCCCGAACUCGGCCUUUGCUCGAGCCACAGCGUCCAGAAGCGCUCCGUGGAGACGGAGGAAAACAUAUGUGACAUGGAUGAGAAGCGUUCGGUGCCAGCGAACUGUUCGCAGUACGAGGUCUGCAUCGAUGGCCACUGGCGGCGACGCACUUGCUCUGACCAGCGGUACUACAACCCGGAGCAGCAACGCUGCCUGGAGCCCCGCGAUGACUUGGUCUGUGCCUACGCCAGGGUAUCGAAUCUGCCGGCCUGCAGCAGUUCCAGUGAGUCCCAGACACUUGUGGCCAAAAGUGGCAGCUGCCUGCAGUACUUCCGGUGCUCCGGUGGCAAGUGGCGUCUGCGAAACUGCCCCAAGCAGCACUACUACUCAUCCGUGAUAGGAUCCUGUCUGCCACUGCCCAAGGGCCACGAGCAGGACCGGAAUCAGACCAUUUGCAGUUGGGCCAGAAACCAGACAGCUGGGUAUUCCUCUCAGCACUGUCAGCACCUGGCAGUGCGUCCCUCGGCGGCGGGAGGCUGUCAGAGCUACCUCAUGUGCCUGGACAACUCCUGGUGGCUGCACCAGUGUCCUCUGGGCAUGUACUUCAGCCGGGAGCACAACUAUUGUCUGCCCAACGAUGCCGGCCAGUGCUCCCUGCCGCCGGAGCAGAGUGGGGGUGACUGCUCCGAUGGGGAAAGUAGAUCCCUGGUGGCCAGUUGCCACAGCUAUGAGCUGUGCUCUGGUGGCCAGUGGACGAGGAAGCGCUGUGAGGAACGGGAGCAGUUUGAGCCCCUGCUGGGCUGUGUGCCCAGCGAUGGGAGUUGCCAGGACAACGGGAUGAGACGCAUCUGUCGGGAGGGAGAACUGCGGUCGCAGUUCGGAGGCAACUGCUCCCAGUCAUUCCUCUACUGCCAGGCGGAGGAGUGGCAUCUGGGCAGCUGCCUGAGGGGACAUAGUUUCGCCGCCCAUUUAGGCAGGUGUCAGUUGCAAUCGCAAUGCCAACCGAAGACGAAGGAUCUGGCCCCGGAGAACCAGUGUCUGGGUCAACCGGAUGGCCUGAGCGUGCCCGAUCCCACGGAUUGCACCAGGUUUUACCUCUGUCUGCAACAGGUGACCGCCAUCCCCCAGAGCUGCCCCUCUGGCAGCUUCUUCGACGCCAUCCAGGGAUACUGCCGACCGAACGAUGGCUCCUGCCAGCUGGCCAUUUGCUCGGGACAAGAUGACAAGCUGGUGGCUCAUCCGGAGGAUUGCCGAUCCUACUACAGCUGCUCCAGCCAGAAUGGCACCAGUCUGCUGCAGUGUGACGAGGGCCAGUACUUUCACAGCCUGCUCUCGAUCUGCCGCGUGGAUCACGGCCAGUGCCGCUCGGACUCGAAUUCGAGCGACUCGGAAAGUGCCCCCAAGCUGUGCUCCGGUCUCCAUGGAGUGAAGCUGCCGCACGAGCUCUACUGCAACCUGUACUACGCUUGCGUCAGGGGAUUAGCCGUUCCAGUGGAGUGUCCCGCACGGCAUCAGUUCAAUCCGGUGCUUUCCAUCUGCGAACCGGAAUCGCAGGCCGUUCAGCUGUGUGCCAAUGGUCAGCUGCAGGGCAAUGUCAGCUAUGUCUACAGUUGUGGAAACCUGCAGGAUGGCAGCUUCCUGGCCAAUCGGACGGACUGCACCCGGUACUUCAUCUGCGUCGGAGGAAGGGCCACCGCACAGCGCUGUGCCGCCGGAACCUUCUUCGAUUCGGAGCAACUGCUCUGCCUUGCGGACGACGGUUCCUGCCCACUGGUGGAAUCCGUUCCCGAUGACGGCGGCGACGAUCCCAACAACCAGCAUGUGCCCCCCGAUCCGUUGGUCUGCGAGGGCAAACAUGGAUAUAUAAUGCCCGAUCCGGCCAACUGCAACAACUUCUAUCUGUGCGUCUCUGGGAAACUGCGCCAUGAGCUCUGCUACACGGACCACUUCUUCAAUGCCACAUUGCAGCAGUGCCAGGCGUAUGAGGUCAGUGCGGAUGGGGAUGCCCCAACGGAGAAGCCCCUAGAGACCCGGCAGUCGGAGCUGAGUGGCCUGGAGAAGACUGCAGAUGCAACCGGAAUCUGCAAGGAUGUAGCCACCACCUUCGCCGGAAUCUGUGGCGUCAUCGGAAAUGGUGCCUCCGUGGCGGAGCAGGGCGAUUGCAGGCGGUACACCAGCUGCGACGACGACGAGCCCGUCUCCCAGCGAUGUCGCAAUGGGGAGAGCUUCGAUAGCCUUUUGGGCAUCUGCCGGCAGAACGAUGGCACCUGUCUCAUGGAGAACGGCGAACGGGUGGGCGUGUGCAACGGAAGACAUGGCCAACUGGCACGGGAUGCGGCCAACUGCCGGGGAUACUUCACCUGCGUCCACGGCCAAAAGAUCGAGGGCGAGUGCGACCAGGGGCAGUUCUUCAACAGAUUGACCAGCAGCUGCGAACUGGACGUCCUGCAGCAGUGCAAAAGCGAUUCGGAGGACGUCAUCAGCGGUGCACUCUUGAUCUGAUUUAAUUACGUUUAA